AUUUGUUUUUGCUAGCAACCACGCUGUAGUAGAGUUGGCUUAGUCAACUGUGUAUUUACGGCAAAACUACCGUGGAUUUCACUAGAGUAAGCACAUUCUAACGUAACCGCAGCACAUUAGCCAAAUUAUUAAGUGUUAUCGUGUGUUUAUUACGACACCGUAUACCGCGAUUACGACUUGUUUGGACAGUGUUUGUAACCCAAGGAAGGUGUUUUUGAUGUUAGACUGUGAUUUCUGAAUCAGUCAAAAUGUCUGCUGGUGCUAUAGCAACGCCCCUCAUUAUCCCAUUAAGACCACCUCUACUGGGAACUACAAGUUCACAUAUUGACACCAACACUUUUAUUGAGAUAAGAUCAGAUUCCUCCGGAGUGGAGAUAUUUUAUACUACUAAUGGUACCAAACCAGACCACGUCCACAAGGCUUUGAAUAGAACAACACAAAAAUAUAAGAGACCUUUCCUACUAAGAGAAGGCAAGAGGACUAUCAAAGCGGUGGCAGUCUCUCGGAAUGGUCUUCAAGAAAGUCAACUAGUUACAAAGACUUUCCAGGUAGAUCUUGCAAUCCCAGAUGUGGAUCAUAUACAGGAUCCUGCUGAAGAUGAUGAAAGAAACUUUCAGUUUGCAUAUCAUAAGGCACCUUAUAGAAGCAGAUCAAGGUCACGGUCACCCCCACCUAUGUUAACUAGACCAAGAUCACGUUCUUCAUCACCAAUUUUUAGACGAUCAACAGAUUUAAAUUUAGAUUUACAUCGGUUACAGCUUGAUGAAAGAAACGUGCUGACCAGAACAGAUUCAGGAUUUUAUUCAACAGGUCAAGUGAACGGUCAUACCAGAGAGUCUAACUCAUACCCGGUCCACCAGACAUCAAGUACGCAGCCAUACCAGUCUAUACACCCACCAAGGGAGUAUGACUUCAUGAAUAAACAAGUUGUGAUGGCUGGCGAUUAUCCAAUGCGAUCCUCAAUAGCAGAGCCUCAGUAUUGGGUGAACGGCCGACCAAUUAAAACACAGAAUACACAGGUAGUACCAUCUGGUAAUGUGAGCUGGGAGCAUUCGUUGUCACUCCCACUGCGUACGCUGGACAAACAAUCCAUUGCUACACAGACAUCCGGAUUAGUAUUUCCCACACCAGAACAACUCUAUCGUAUGAGAUCUGAAAUAGAAGAUUUAGCACGGGUGAGACAAGAAUUAAAGAGACUAAAAGAAGAACAGAAACCAGUACUCACAGACGCAAGCAUUGGCAAAGGAUUUUGGCAAAAACAGUUAACACACAUAACAGAACACAUCAAGGAGUUUACUACACAGAAUGCAGAAUUUAGAGCUACUGUGUCUGAGCCCAGGUUAACAAGAAUCAUAGGAGCUGCAGUGGAAGACGAAGAUGAUGAAUACAGUGUCACUUUUACAUUUAGGAAAUUACCGACUCCAGAAUAUCGGUCGUCAAGACCAUGUCGACAACAGUAUGAUAAACAAGGUCCAAAAUACUUUGCUACAAGAGAAAGAGGAUAUUACAGUGAUGACUGUGGUAGUGUAUAUAGUAUAGACUCGUAUGAAACGUACGAGAAACCAAGGAAACAAAUAGGUGGGAGAGCAAAGAAAAGAAAUAUUCCCAGACCACGAAAGAGGCAUCCAUCGGAAGAAAGAGAACGAUCCAGGGAAAGGUCUUAUCAGGAGAAAAUGCAUCCUGAAGACAGACUCCUUCUAAAAGAGAUUGGAUCGAAAGGGAAGGGAAGAUCAGAGGAAGUACAACAAUUGUUGGAUGAGGGUGCCAAUCCUAAUGUUGAGAAUGUAGAUGGUGUACCUGUACUUGCUAUAGCUGUAAUCAAUGGUCUCAUCAACUGUGUACCAGUAUUGGUGGAAGCCGGUGCUAAAAUCAAUAAAAGAUUUGGAGCGAGGGGAAACACAGCACUGCAUGAGGCGGUUUUAAAAGGACCAGGUGCCAAGAAAAUGAUAGAAACACUGAUAUCUAAUGGAGCUAAUUCCCAAGUACAAAAUAAUAAAGGUAUAACACCGUAUGACCUUGCUGUGAAAGCUGGAUAUGAUGGAAUUACAAACAUGUUAGCAUCCAAUGUGGGAUUUUCUUUGAUGGAUAGAUUAUCUAAAAAAUACAGCAAUGGCGAUUUCAAGAAACACAGCAGUAGAAGAGAAUUAGACUUGGAUGGAUUUUAGUGACAGUACUAAAUCUACUUGCAUCAAAUGAACUUGAAAAGCAUGCACUUAGAACAUCUCAGCACAAAUGUACAUUCAAUCAUGGCUAAGUAAGUAGCCAACAAUCACACAAGACAAUUCACCUGAAAAGUGUUUUUUUUAAUAGGCACUUUUUCAUCAAGUUGUCAGCAGUGACAACAAACAGUGUCCCUUAUGUCUCAAAUUAUUAAACAUAAAUUUCCAAUUAUUACAUACCUUUAAUAUCUGGGUUACGUGGGCAUCCAUUUUCUUAAACAAGUUUGAUCAAAACGCCAUAGCAUAUAGAAAUAAUACAGUGCACCCAGACGUUUGGGCAUCGAAGCAAUUGACUGCAAAUUUAAGCCAUGCAACCAUAUAUAACACAACAAUAGUGCAAAGCAACUACACACAUCCUAAUCUUUGUAUACAUGUUGCUAUAGCGAUGGAUUCAGUAGAACAACACAGUGUCUCAUCAAGGAUGUGUGAUUAGUGCCAAUUUUUGACAAUUCUCCAACUUUUCUGGUGUAGGCAAAAUUUUUACAUUGAAAUUCUGUGUAUUUUUUUAAUUGUAAAUUACACAGUGUUAGCAACUACCAACUGGUAUAUACUGUUAAUGCUUCCAACCUGGAAAUCCAGGUUGAACAUAUUUGUCGUCUUAUCUGCAAACUGGAAACAUGGGAAUUGCAAUGUAUCUACAAAUGUACCUGACCAAACAAGAGUACAAAAUAGU